AUGAGGAGCUUGCGGUGGGCUCCUGGUGAACUCUGGGACCUACUCCGGAUAUAUUUCCUGCUGGCAGUUCUUGUGUUUAAUGUUGCCGCUCCGGCGAAUGAAAUAUGGCCAGUGGAACGACCGGACGGAAUGCCGCAGAUUACCGCUCUGGAAGUGAUGUGCGGUAAGGACCACAUGGAUGUGCAUUUAUCCUUCUCGGCACCUUUUGAGGGAAUCGUCAGUUCAAAAGGUCAGCACAGUGACCCUCGGUGCAUCUACGUUCCACCUUCUACCGGGAAAACAUUUUUUACGUUCCGCAUUUCGUACUCCCGUUGCGGCACCAAGCCGGAUCUCAACGGUCAGUUCUACGAGAACACAGUUGUCGUGCAGUACGACAAAGAUCUGCUCGAAGUUUGGGAUGAAGCGAAACGGUUACGUUGCGAAUGGUUCAACGACUACGAGAAGACAGCUUCCAAGCCGCCAAUGGUCAUCGCCGAUCUGGACGUGAUUCAGUUGGAUUUCCGAGGUGACAACGUUGACUGUUGGAUGGAAAUUCAGCAGGGAAAAGGACCAUGGGCUCCGGCGGUUAGUGGAAUUGUUCCGCUCGGAUCAACCAUGACGCUGGUGGUGGCCAUCAAUGACUUCCGCGGAGAAUUCGACAUGAGAGUCAAAUCUUGCAUAGCGUCCGACGGAGCUGGUCACAUCAUAAAACUCUCGGACGAGUACGGUUGCGUUCUGCGACCGAAGAUGAUCUCUCGUUUCCUGAAGGCUCGUGCUCCGGACGAUAAGGCGUCCGUUAUUACGUACGCCUUCUUCCAUGCCUUCAAAUUCCCGGACGCUCUCAGCGUCCACAUCAAGUGUAAGGUCGAAAUCUGUCGACACGGUUGUUUGGAUCACUGCCAACACAGCGCCGGUCCCGGUUCCAAACAUCACGAUCUACUAGACCGCAAGGACACCCUGGACAACCACCAGAACAGCAACGACGUCCUGCAGGAUUCAGCCGAAGAAGACACCAUCAACAACCAACAGGACGUAUUCUACGACGACAUCAUCCACACCGACAAGAACUUCAACCAAUCUCCACCGCCACCACCACCGCCGGGACCCAAGAAACCCAUCGUCCCGAUGAUCCAGAAGAAGAAGGACAGCGGCUACUUGCAGUACCACCAUCACCAGCCGCACCGGGAUUCGAUCGACGAGCUCGAGUCACUCUUCCUCAACGACCACUCGAUGAUACCGGCCGAGAUGCUCAAGAAACAACCCCCACAAAUGCACCAACCACCACCACCACCUCCACCACCACAAAAGCAACCCCUAAAAUCAACCCCAGAAGACGAGAAAUUCCCCCACGGACCGCGCCAGAUGGACGCCGAGAAGCGAAUGGGCCUACCGGCUGUGGCCGGCCCUCGUGCCCUCAAUCUGGACGCCGACGACGUUCGGAAUCCAAAAUAUCAAAACGAACUCCCAGCAGGACGGCGUGAACGCCGUUCGAUCCGCAUCACCGAUCGCAAGGUGCGUUCGGCCGACGUUGGCGUCAGCGGAAUCUACGAGGUCAUCUCCGAAGCCGAUCUGGCCUUCAAUCCGGACACCAAACAGGAAGCGGUCACCGUUUUCCAGGGCAAAAUCGCCGAAGAGGUCGUCUACGGCAUUUGCAUGCCGGUGCCCGGCUUCAGCAUCCUAUUCAUCCUGGUAAUUUCGGCAACCAUCAUAUCGGCUCUGAUCGCCGGCUCGCUGCUGUACCGGUAUCAACUGCAGAAGGAGAUGGCCAAGCAACAGCAGCAGGCGACGGGUGCAACAGCGGGCCAUCUUCCGCCGAACAACUUUGCCACCUGGAUGACGCUGAGAUUGUUCCGAUCGAGACAACAGCAGGCAGCGGCCGCAGCCACCCUGGCUGCAUCCAGCGGGGCACGCAACCCGAUCGACAUCAGCACGACGGCUCAGUGA